ACGCGUGGACGCUGCAGCGAGAGAGAGAGAGAGAGACAGGAGAGAGAGAGAGCGCGCGUUCUAAGCAAAGUGGCAGCACGCGCGAGUGGCGGGAAAAGAAUGCCCAUCUCGUGACUAAUAACGAAUGGAUUGGCGCGCUUUCCGUUCUUAGAGGUAAUACGAGCAGACUGUCAUUGUAGUGAUGGGUGGCAGCGGCGUGCUCCCUCGCGGGGAGUGUUUUCCCUGUCAGUGCUGCUACUGCUGCUGCUGGAAAUGGCGCUGUGAUGUUCAACAAGGAAGACGCAGUUGAAGCCGAUGCCAGGGAGUAGGAGGAGAAGGAGGAGAGAAUAAAUUGUUAUUAUUAGUAGUACCUGCGCUUCUGGUGCGGAUUUUUGUGUUUCAAAAAAGCGGUGAACAGUACCAUGGUGAAUUACCAGAAAUACAUUACUGUAAUGCAGCUGGCUCUAGGGGUGACUGCCAUCAACAGAGAGCGUAGCCUGCCUCCCAGAAAACAUAUGUGGGUCUUCCCCAAGCACGACAAAGACAAAUACGGGCCUGCAGUUUACUAUCCCAAGAUCCACGCCUUCGUCCCCACCCCAGAAAGUAUCUCUCUGCUGGAUGAAUCUGAGGGGUCGGCCCACGGCAAACCAUCCCUGCGCAGAAUCAAGGGCCGAAUCCACCGCAGCAAGAGCCUGGACAGCAUCGACCUGCUGGACUCCAACAGUGCAGCAAUGGAGGAGACCGUAAUAUGGGAACAGCACACUGUAACUCUGCACAGGGCACCAGGGUUUGGCUUCGGGAUUGCUAUCUCAGGCGGAAGGGAUAACCCUCACUUUCAGAGCGGGGAGACGUCCAUCGUCAUCUCUGAUGUGCUGAAGGGAGGCCCAGCCGAGGGCUUGCUGCAGGAGAAUGACAGAGUGGUGAUGGUCAACGCCGUCUCCAUGGAUAACGUGGAUCACGCAUAUGCAGUGCAGCAACUUCGGAAAAGUGGGAAGAAUGCAAAAAUAACCAUCAGGAGAAAGAGGAAGGUGCAGAUCCCUAUGGGGCGCCCGGGUGAACGCGAGACCAUGUCGGAGCAUGACGAGGACGACGACAGCUACGAAGAAGAGAUCUACGAGUCACGGAGUGGAAGGAGCGGACCCAGCGCCUACAGCGGGGGCGGGGCAGCGGGCCGGAGGAGCGGCAGGGGUGACCGGCUGGGCGGGAGGAGGGACCGAGACAGAGAGCGCAGCGGCUCCAGAGAGAGGAGUCUGUCCCCACGCUCGGACCGCCACUCUGUGUCCUCCAACCUCCCCCCACGCCCAGCCAAGGUCACCCUCAUCAAGUCCCGCAAAAAUGAAGCAGAAUACGGGCUUCGCCUGGCCAGCCACAUCUUCGUAAAGGACAUUUCCCCUGAGAGCCUGGCAGCCCGAGACGGAAACAUACAGGAGGGAGACGUGGUGCUCAAGAUUAAUGGCACGGUGACUGAGAAUCUUUCCCUGAUCGAUGCUAAGAAGCUGAUCGAGAGGUCAAAGGGCAAGCUGAAGAUGGUAGUGCAGAGAGACGAGAGGGCGACCCUGCUCAAUAUCCCCGACAUGGAUGACAGCAUACCUUCAGCUAAUGCCUCUGACAGAGAUGAUAUUUCAGACAUCCACUCGGUGGCCUCCGAUCAUUCCAACCGAUCCCACGACAGGAAGAGAAGCAGCCGCUCUCGAUCUCCGGACCGCCGCUCAGAGCCCUCGGACCACUCUAGACACUCUCCGCCACAGAUCAGCAACGGCAGGGCCGCAGGGCCGACGGCUCAGAGAACCCGACCACUUCACAGGAGCCGUGAUGAAGACAGGAUCUCAAAAGCUGGGCCGCUCCCCUUACCUGCUAAGAUGGUGGAGGAGAUGCCGAAAGAGCAGAGCGCAGCCAGAGAAGAGAAACAGCUCCCCCCUCUGCCAGAGCCCAAGCCUGUGUACGCUCAACCUGGUCAGCCUGACGUGGACCUGCCUGUUAGUCCGGCAGACGCCCCCGUGCCCAGCGUCACACAUGAUGACAGCAUUUUACGGCCGAGCAUGAAGCUGGUGAAGUUUAAGAAGGGCGAGAGUGUCGGGUUGAGACUCGCUGGUGGGAAUGACGUCGGGAUAUUUGUGGCAGGAGUUCUGGAGGACAGUCCUGCUGCUAAAGAGGGCCUGGAGGAGGGAGACCAGAUUCUCAGGGUAAACAAUGUGGAUUUUGCGAACAUCAUUCGUGAGGAGGCCGUGCUGUUUCUGCUGGACCUGCCCAAAGGAGAGGAGGUCACCAUCUUAGCCCAGAAAAAGAAAGAUGUGUACCGGCGCAUUGUAGAGUCCGACGUAGGUGACUCGUUCUACAUCAGGACCCAUUUUGAGUACGAGAAGGAGUCGCCCUACGGCUUGAGCUUCAACAAGGGCGAGGUCUUUAGAGUGGUUGACACCCUUUACAAUGGCAAACUGGGCUCCUGGCUCGCCAUCCGCAUUGGCAAAAACCACCAGGAGGUGGAGCGGGGCAUCAUCCCCAACAAGAAUAGGGCUGAGCAGCUAUCGAGUGUCCAGUACACUCUCCCAAAGACUCCAGGAGGUGAUCGGGCCGACUUCUGGAGGUUCAGAGGCCUCCGUAGCUCCAAACGAAACCUGAGGAAGAGCAGAGAGGACCUUUCUGCUCAGCCCGUCCAAACAAAGUUCCCCGCUUAUGAAAGAGUGGUGCUUAGAGAAGCUGGUUUCUUGAGGCCAGUGGUCAUUUUUGGGCCUAUUGCGGAUGUCGCAAGAGAGAAACUGUCGAGAGAGGAGCCUGAUCUCUUUGAACUUGCAAAGAGUGAACCCAGAGACGCAGGCACAGACCAGCGCAGCUCUGGAAUCAUCCGUCUCCAUACCAUUAAACAGAUCAUUGACCGAGACAAGCAUGCCGUGCUGGACAUCACCCCCAAUGCGGUGGAUCGUCUGAACUACGCUCAGUGGUACCCCAUCGUGGUGUUCCUGAAUCCAGACAGCAAGCAGGGUGUCAAGAACAUGAGGACCAGGCUCUGUCCCGAGUCUAGGAAGAGCGCCCGGAAGCUGUAUGAGCGCGCGCUCAAACUGAGAAAGAACAACCAUCAUCUCUUCACCACCACCAUCAACUUGAACAACAUGAAUGACGGGUGGUACGGCGCUUUGAAAGAGACCAUCCAGCAGCAGCAGAACCAGUUGGUUUGGGUCUCAGAGGGCAAGGCAGAUGGUGCUCCUGACGACGACAUUGACAUCCACGACGACCGCCUGUCUUACCUCUCGGCACCGGGCAGCGAGUACAGCAUGUACAGCACCGACAGCCGCCACACUUCAGACUACGAGGACACCGAUACGGAGGGCGGCGCCUACACUGACCAGGAGCUGGAUGAGACUAUGAACGAUGAGGUGGGCCUGCCCAGCGAGCCUGCCAUCACGCGCUCAUCCGAACCUGUCCGAGAGGACCCGCCGGUCAUCCAGGACGCAGCCGGGUACCCGAGCUACCAGCAUGCUGUACCGCAACCAGAGCCGGUUAACCGCAUCGACCCGGCCGGGUUUAAGAUGGCAGCGCCUCAGCAGCAAGCUGAGGCCGCUCUGGCCUCCCCGCCCCCUCCCUCUGCAGCGGCAGCAGCGUCCCCUGCUGUCGAACCUACCGCAACACUAGCGGGUACGAACCCAGAGGAGCCGCCUGGCACCCCUCAGGCCGACUCCCUUAACAGCCCCGUCCCCGUUCCCGACCCCCAGCCCGAACCUGAGCUCGCUCAGCCCCCAACACACGACCCCCACCAGUUGCUUCCUCCUGGCCCAGAUCCAAAGAUGUACAAAAAGGAUCUGUACAGCAUAGACGAGGCGGUGCGAGUGAACCACGGUGUGAAGCCUCCCCCUCCCCAGCAGCAGCAGCAGCCUUUAGGCCCCCCCACCUCGCUAUCCUACAGCCACCAGCCUGUCUACCAGGACCAACAGCCAUACCGCCAGUACGACCACCCGCCUUAUGGCUAUGACGGUGGCGGCUACGCACAACCAAAGCCUCACAAUUACGACCCGCACCUGCACUACGACAACCGCGUGCCUCACUACAAUGAGCAGUGGCCCCCUUACGACCAGCAGCAGACUUCACCCCAACCGCCACCUGCGUCCGGCUACUCUCAGGGCCACCAGCCGCCUCCUCCACCUCUGGGGUACGAACCCCGCUCUCCGUACGAGGACGGCCCCACCCGGGAUUUCAGCCCCCCUCAGUCCCAGUAUGAUGGUGUGCCCCAAAUGGGCUACGAUAACCGGCCACGGCACUCUAAACCUGCACCGGUGCGCUAUGAAGAGCCCCCGCCUCUGCCCCCACCGGCCACCUACGAUGCCCGUUCGCCUUUCGAGUCCGAGCCGCAUGGUUUCCCAGGCAACGCGCAUCGCUCCCCUGAUCCGCCAAAGCAGUAUUACGGUGACACUGCAAUGAGACCCUCGUACAACCCUGGCCCUCCGAACCGAGCGUAUAAAGCAGCCCAGCACGAGCCUGUGAUGAACUCGGAACCUCCUGCUCCGCCUCCCAAACCCGAGGCCAUCUUGUCUCCAGGGGAACCGCCUCACCCGGCAGCUUCCAAACAAUUGCCGCCUCCACCCAGGGACGAUGAUGAUGAAGACCCUGCCAUGAAGCCCCAGUCUGUGCUCAACAGGGUCAAAAUGUUCGAGAACAAGCGCUCUGUGUCCGUAGACCGAGCCAAGGACACAGCGGAUGUAGCUGGAAUUAGGCCCACAGAUCUCCCAAAACCUGUGAGCACCCCCGGUCCUGUGCUCAAAGCCAACUCUCUCAGCAACCUAGAGCAGGAGAAACCCUCUUACAGAGCUCCAGAGCCCCAGAAACCUCAGACGCGUGUAGGGGACGACGUAGUCCGCUCCAACCACUAUGACCCCGAUGAAGAUGAAGAGUACUACAGGAAGCAACUGUCGUACUUUGACCGCCGCAGCUUUGACAACAAGGCCGUGAGUCAACCCAACACUGGAGUCAAUCGCUUCCACGAGCCGGCCAAAACAUCUCAGCCUCAGAUAGGAUAUCCUUUCGCCAGGACAGAGUCUGUGGAGAAGGUGAGUCCUGUGGACAAGAGGUACGAGCCUCUGCCGCCCGUCAACCCGUCGCCUGCUCCAUACAGCCAGUCCACACCUGCUGCUCCACCCACAUCCCUGCCCAAACUCAGCAACAUAGAGGUGAACUCGCUGCCAGAUCCUCACAGCUCCCCCAAAGCCAAACCAGACCUGUCGGCUCUCAGAGCUCCCACCCGGGACGAUCCCAUCCAGACCAGCUACCUGCCCCCGAAGUCUUCUGUCAACGGCACGGACGCCCCUCCCAAAACGCUAGGUGUCCCUACCAGCUACAACCGCUACGUCCCCAAGCCUUACACCAGCACCGCCCGACCCUUCGAGCGCAAGUUCGAGAGCCCCAAAUUCAACCACAACUUGCUUCCCAACGACACACAGUCCAAGCCUAGUGUGAACAACAACCUGAAACCUCAAAUCUCACCCCAGCCCCAGGACACCGACAGCGGGGUCGACACGUUCACGCGCACCAUGGACAACAGGCCCAAAUAUCAGCACAACAACAUCAACGCCAUCCCCAAGGCCAUCCCCGUCAGCCCUAGUGCACUGGAUGACGAUGAUGAGGAUGAAGGUCACACGGUGGUUGCCACGGCACGGGGCAUCUUUAAUUGUAACGGUGGGGUCUUGAGCUCCAUUGAGACAGGAGUCAGCAUCAUUAUCCCGCAAGGAGCCAUCCCAGAUAGUGUGGAGCAGGAGAUCUACUUCAAAGUGUGCAGGGACAACAGCAUCCUGCCCCCUCUGGACAAAGAGAAAGGAGAAACUCUACUCAGUCCCCUGGUGAUGUGCGGCCCUCACGGUCUGAAGUUCCUGAAGCCCGUGGAACUGCGUCUCCCACACUGUGCGUCUAUGACCCCUGAUGGUUGGUCUUUUGCUCUAAAAUCCUCCGACUCUUCGUCGGGUGACCCCAAAUGCUGGCAAAACAAGUGUCUACCAGGAGACCCCAAUUACCUGGUGGGCGCCAACUGCGUGUCCGUGCUGAUCGACCACUUCUGAAGAGAGCAACAGCUGGUCUGUUACUGAGCGUGAGCGCAUGGACCCUUCUCCCAGUUCCUCUGCUCAGGAGGAGGGAUUUGCACCACUUUAUGAAGUAUUAAUUCUUUCCACUUUCCUUUGAUGGGCUGAAGCAUCGUUCCCAAAAACAUCUCGGAAGAUGUCGCAGACGGCACAGUUGCUACGGAGCGCUCUUUAUCCUAUUUCCUUUGGUUUUUCCUCCCUUUUUUAAGUUUGGUUUUGCCUUUUUCUUUACCUUUUGGUGCUUGAAGACUUGCAAAAAAUAACUGAAUAAAUAAAUUAAUGAAGAAAUCUAAUGGAAUGCAUGACCUGUGCCACAGACAGUCGGAAAAAUCCCUUUUUGACAUUUGUAGCCUCUUUUUCUCCAAAUUGUUAGAAAAGUCUUGAACGGAACUGGAAAAAAAUAGAUGGAAAAAUUCAUUAGUUUUACGUAAUACAAGUGAAUCCUACUAUUGUGCUCCCGAACAGAAACAGAAAAGCUGAUGUAUGUAGAGCUUUUUUGUUUGCGAGGUCAUCGUGGAACGCUGUAACGGAUUGUCACGGAUCGGGAAAGCAUGUCGGUUUCGAGAAAAUGAAGAACAAUUGAGACUUUUUGAAGUGAAGGAAUGUGACUGUUGCACUCAUCUGCUCAUGGACUUCCCUCUCUGGCUAAAAAACAGAAACGAAACAAAAAAAAAAUGGGCUCUUUCUCUCUCUACGUUUUGAACCGAUCUUUUCUAGCGAUGUUUUACCGUAGAUAAACAUUGACUGUGGUUUUCCGAAACUCCUGCUGUCUAGAGAUCUAUGCAUGUGCUAUGACUCAGGUCCAAACGCCUGCUACUAAGUUGAGUACACAAACCUACCCAUCAUACACUGCAAGCAGUGAUGCCUUAUCUGCAUUUUUUGUUGUUACUUUGACCCGAAAGACUAGCAAACGUCGAUUUUCUGUUACAGGAGGAAGUUACGAAGGAUACGAGACUCUCACGCCGUAAUGAAGUGGGAUAUUUAGCACACCAAUAAUGAAGUCUGAUCAACAGGUCUGCUUUUUCACUGCUAUGCAUAUGAAGUCAAAGAAUAUACCAGAACACUAGGAUAUGUUUCAAUUACAGCUGUAUAUAUUGUGCUAGCAUAUGGCCUUGGUUCGCUGUAAAUGACCUUUUGUACAUCUUUGUUAUUUUGUAUAAAAAUGUAACAUGGAAAAAAAAAAGUUUCUUAAAAAAAAAAAAAAAAAAAAAGAGGAAAACUAUAACAUUGGUUAUGUUUGUAUUCCGGUUAUACUUCUGAGCCUUGGAAUUUAACUUAGCAGUACGGAGAAAAUUUAAUGGAAUAAAAGAAAAAAUGAAAUAGUAAAUGCAACGAAAAAGGACGUUAUCUUUUAUACCAACGACAUAUAUACAAACACUACGUAAUGGCAUUUUUAACAGUUACAGAUACAUUUUUAUUAUUUACAAACUAGAAAAGUGCUCGGUUGAAAUAAUUUAACAACUCUGUACUUCUUCAGAAGGGUCUGCUUUGGUGGGCGGACCCUGACUUUAUUUGUGAUACUGGAUGCUGUAUUGUGUGCCCUGAAAUGUAUUUUUCUACUAAUAGACAGUUUAUUAAGGCACAUCAGUACGACUUUGUUUUGAUAUGACGACGCAGCUUCAUCCCGGGUUUAGUUUCUUCUCUUUGUGUGGCGACAUUCUUUUUUUUUUUUUUUUUUUUCUCUUGUUUUCUUUGCAGCACAUUUCUAAGUAUACAACUGUAUUAAUAAAUUCAUUUUUAAAGUAAAAAAUUGUGACUCGUGAUCUAAUGUGGUGUUGGGUAAAUUUUUAGGAUUGUGAAAGAUGUUAAUGACCCCUGUAUUGGGUACAGAAGGAAACAGGUUCAUUUGGGUUUGUGGUGUUUAGAAAUGUUUAUUUUUGAGCUCAGAGGUUGAUGGGAAGAGAGGUCAUGAAUUUAGUGCACUUGCCCUUUCACCUACUUAAAACAGAUACUGCAGCUGAUUAGAGGCAAACUAUUAACCGGCUGACUUGAGACCACUGAGAAAACCAGCAGCCUGCUUUCUUAAAAGCCAUUGGGUCAGCAGAAUGAAUUUUCAACCCAUAAAGUAGUGACUCAACUGCUGCUUUUUACAUUGGACAGCAAGUGGAAACUCGGAACCACAAUUAUUG